AGUAAAAUCAAAUCACAUAUUUAAAAAAAUAAAAGUUUUAACAACUGUCAAUACCUGUAAUAAUCUUUUAAAAGAAAAACAAAGAUUAUUUCUUCGUAAUUAUACUAAUAUAAGAAAAGAAAAUUGCUUAGAAAAAAGAAGAGCCACAUUUAGUUUUACUGAACAACUUUCUAGUAUAGGUUUAAAAAAAAUUAAUAUAUUAGCAGAUGGUAAUUGUUUCUUUCGUGCAAUUUCACAUCAACUAUAUAGACACGAAGACGAUCAUUUAAAUAUUAGAUCUGAAACAAUAAACUAUUUAAUUCAAAAUAUGAACGAUUUUGCAUCAUUUAUUGAUGAAAUGUAUUCAACAAUAGAAAAUUAUAUUGAAGAAAUGAGUAAAGAUGGAACAUAUGCUGACCAUCUCGCACUUUCAUCUACAGCCGUUAUCAUCAAUAAAAAUAUAAUUGUUCAUGAAUUCAAAAAAAAACCUAUACUUAUUCCUGGCUCCGACUUUCUUGAACAUCAAUUACAUCUCUGUUAUGAUCCAAAUAUGCCACAUUACGAUAGUGUUGUUUGUAUUGAUGGGAGCCCAGCCUUUCUUUCGUCUGAACAUAUUUUAUUUACUUGA